AUGAUUUCUUUAAUUUAUCUGUUUUCUCUUGUAUCAUUAGUCAAAACAUCUGAUUAUUCUUUAAUAAUCGAUGAAAAAUCCUCAAUAGAUAAACCAAUUCUUAAUUUUCCUCAUUCAUAUGAAUUAAUAAAUAAUUUUCAGUCAAAUUUUAAUUUAACAAAUAAUAAUACAAAAUUAAUUUUAACAAAAAUGAUUGAUCGAGACGAAUGGUGUGCAAAAAAUAUUUGCCCAUGCGAUUAUUGUUCAUUUAUUCUUGAGUUAUUUUCAAAUCAUAAUCAAAUACCAAAAUUUUCCACCGUUAAUAUAACAAUAAAUGAUAUUAACGAUCAUACAUGUGAAUUUUUUGAUACACAAACAAAUAUCUCUUUAUCAGAAUCAAUUCAAAUUGGACAUCGAUUUUCAAUCGCACGUGCUAUUGAUUAUGAUUCGGGAAUGAAUGGAAAAUUAUCAUUUAAACUUCUUAACAAUGAAGAUUAUUUUGAAUUAGAUAUAAUAACAUUAUCCAUGAAUGAAUAUGCGAUUUAUGGUGUUGUUAAAAAGUCUUUCAAUCGAGAAAUUAAUGAAAAAUAUGAAUUAAUUAUUGAAGCACAUGAUCAUGGACUUCUACAAACAAGAUUUAAUCGUACAAAAGUUAUAAUUGAACUGUUAGAUGAAAAUGAUAAUGCUCCAAAGUUUAAUCAAAUUGAAUAUUCAAUUCAAUCUCUUCCGGAAAAUACUCCUAUUGGCACUGAAUUAUUGACGAUAUCAGCAAGUGAUACUGAUAAAGGUUUAAAUAGUUUGAUACAUUAUUCGAUAGUAAAUUCUCCAAGUCUAUCAUUAUUUCCAUUUGCAAUAAAUUCAACAACAGGUGUUAUUAGUCUUCAAUCAUCGUUAGAUUAUGAAACAACACAUACAUAUAGAUUUUUAAUUCGUGCAUCAGAUUCUGGUUUACAGCAGUCGCUAUUUAAUGAUGCAUGGUGCUCUAUUUCAAUAAAAGAUGUUAAUGAUUGUCCUGUUGAAAUACUUUUUCUACCAAAUCGUCGUUUUCACUACGAUAAUCAAAAAUUAUUUAUCUAUGAAAAUACAGAAAUAAAUAAUUUAACAUUAGGUUAUAUACGAUUAGUUGAUCGUGAUUCAAUUCAAACAAAACUUUCAAUUUCAUUAACAAUAUUAGAUAAACAACCGAAACAAGAAUAUGAAAUUAUUUUAUCAAAUCAAUUGAAUUCUUAUAUACUUAUUGCUAAACAAGGAAUAUUUGAUAGAGAAAUUCAAUCAGAAAUAAAUCUUCGUUUUAUAGCAACUGAUAAUUUAUUAACAUCAAUUUAUGAUAUACAAAUAAAUUUAAUUGAUUUAAAUGAUAAUCCAAGUGAAUUUUUAAUGAAUCCAAUGAAGUUUUCUGUUGAAGAAUUAGCAAAUUAUCAUAUGGUUGAACAUCCGAUUGAAGAUUAUGAAUUGACUAUUGGCUAUUUGAAUGUUGUGGAUCGUGACGAAGGAGAAAAUGCAGUAAAUAUCUACGAGUUAGAAUCGAAUUCUUUAGUUAAAAUUGAUUCUAACACUGGACGAUUAUAUUUAAUUCAACCGUUAGAUCGAGAACAAAUACAAAAUAUUCAAUUAAAAGCUAAAGCAAUUAAUGUUGCUGAGCCAAAAUGGAUGACUGAUGUUCAAAUUCAAAUUGAAGUUUUGGAUGUGAAUGAUAACACUCCUCAAUGUUUAACAACAUAUAGUCGAUUACCAAUUUUGGAAAAUUUUCCCACAGAUAAACCAUUGAUUAAAAUCAACGCCAGUGAUCUUGAUAAUGGUAUAAAUGGUACAAUAAAUUAUAAAUUUCGAACAAAUUCCACAUGGUUAUUUCAUAUAAAUAAUGUAACUGGUGAAAUUUAUUCGAAAGACUUAUUUGAUUAUGAAUCUGACUUUAAACAUUUCACACUGAUUAUUGAUCUUGAAGAUAACGGAAAUCCAAUAAAAAAUCAAAAUCAAAAUGCUUGCCAAUUAGAAAUUUUUCUUGAAGAUAUCAAUGAUAAUUGUCCAGAAUUAAUUGAUAAUGAACAAAGAAAAAUAUUUAUUGAUUUAGAAAACCCAUUUAAAAAUGAAAUCAUUUCAUUUAAUGUAACAGAUCGAGAUUCUGGUAUAAAUGGAAAAAUAAAAUAUAAUUUACAAUCGAUUGAAUCAAAUAUUAAUUUAAAUAAUAAUCAAACAUUAUUUUAUUUAAAUCAAAAUGGAAGUUUAUUUAUGACAUAUAAAAUAAAUCAAAUAUGUUUAUUCAAGUUACGAAUCUUACUUGAAGAUUAUGGUUAUCCAUCUCAACAAACAUUAAUAGAGAUAAACAUUGCAUUUGGAAAUUCAUUAGAUUCUCGAUAUUCGUCUUUUGAAAAAGUUCAAACAUUUUUCCAAGAAAAAAAUUCUGAUAUGAACUAUUUUGCUUUUAUAUUCGGUUUAACUGUUUUAAUAAUAACGUUUAUAUUUCUAAUAUCAGUUAUGAUUAUUUGUAUUUUAAUCCGACAACAACAUCAGCGACAUAAAGCAGCGAUUAUAUCACGAAAUAAACUUUUAUGUUCAUCAUCACAACAGUUAACAACAUCUGAUUCAACUGUUACAUCUAAUACAACAUCAUCAUCUAUUGAACAUCAACAAAUUAUUCGAGCACCUUAUUCAAAUGAAAGAUCUUAUAUGAAUCCACGUUUAUCAAUUAACUGUUCAACACCAGAAUCUCAUACAUAUAAGAUUCUUCAUGUACCUCUAGAUAUGCAUUAUUAUGAAAAAGAUAAAGUUGAUAAUAUUAGUUCUGAUCAUGGUUAUCAUGAAAGCUAUCGGACAGGUUCAUCAUCAUCAUCAUCGUCACCUGAACAAUGCUCAACAGAAAAUUAUACUCGUCAGGAUCAUAAGUUUAACCAAUUACCAUAUUUUGUAACUAAAUGUAAGAGUCUCAGUGAAGGAUUUAUUGUCGAAAUGAAUGUAGAUGGAAGUGAUGAAGAUACAAGAUAA